AUGAAUUCCAUUGAGUUUCCGGUACUUGAUCAAACAACCCAAAAUUCAGUUAUUUCAACUACAUCAAAUGAUCUUUCAAAUUGGUCAAGACUCUCCAGUUUAUGGCCGCUUCUGUAUGGUACCAGUUGUUGCUUUAUUGAAUUUGCUUCAUUAAUAGGCUCGCGCUUCGACUUUGAUCGUUAUGGCUUGGUACCAAGAUCGAGUCCUAGGCAAGCGGACUUAAUUUUAACAGCCGGCACAGUAACAAUGAAAAUGGCUCCCUCUUUAGUAAGAUUAUAUGAGCAAAUGCCUGAACCAAAAUAUGUAAUUGCUAUGGGAGCCUGCACUAUUACAGGAGGGAUGUUCAGUACUGAUUCUUAUAGUACUGUUCGAGGAGUUGAUAAGCUAAUUCCUGUGGAUGUUUAUUUGCCAGGUUGCCCUCCUAAACCGGAGGCAGUUAUCGAUGCUAUAACAAAACUUCGUAAGAAGGUAUCUCGAGAAAUCUACGAAGAUAGAUUUGGGUCUCAACAGAAUAAUCGAUGUUUUACUACCACUCACAAGUUUUAUGUUGGACGUAGCACGCAUACUGGAAAUUAUGAUCAAGGAUUACUCUAUCAAUCGCGAUCUACUUCAGAGAUACCUUAUGAAACAUUUUUAAAAUACCAAAGUUCAGUAUCUUCCCAUGAAUUAGUGAAUUAG